AGCUUGGUCACCUCAUGAAUAAGUUAUUUGACAGUCAAAUGUUAUGCUAAUCAGGUUGAAUUUUCCAUAUUCAUUGGAUAUGGAUACAGCAUGCAAGCGGUCUAAAAAUGUCCAUUGUGUGAGCUGUAAACACUGAGUUUUAUGGCAUUUAGCUCGCUAAUGAAACCACAUAUUAUAGUGAUAAGUGUCUAAAAUCCUCUGUCCCUCCUCCAUGGGUCCCUUGGCUCAACUGUCUCUAUUCCAAAUAAGGCUCACGUAACACUCCUGAAAACCAAGCGGCGACACAAUACCGCUGCUCUUUUUUUAACCUCCAGCCUAUGCUUCUUUAUGGCCUGAUGCCAGCUUUGGUCUUAGAUGGGAGGUUGGGGGGGAGGGGGUCGGGAGGUUGUUACUACACCAGAGAGUCUUGAGGAGCAGGAGCGUUCGUUUACUCCACCCCCAUCGCCACAGAGAAACCAAACACCUCCAGCAGGAAUGGGAGUAAAAAUAGAGGUCAUCUGUCCCGAGGCGUGGUCUCCUGGACACGUCUCUCACUGUGGUUCACUCGGUCUCACAAAUGUCCUCUGGCUACUUCAGCUGCGGGACAUAACCGUUGUGUGUUACAGAGCUGAUGACAAGUUGGUGCAGUCUGGCAGCAUGCUUACAGCAGCCGUUCACACUGUUAGUGAAUUAUCUAACCCUGUGCACUUUGUCUCUGUGUCUAUGUGCACUUGCUCUUCCUCUCAGCUGUGUCUUUUUGUCCUUGGGAGCAAACGUGGAUGGAGAAGGGAAAAAGUUUAAUUCCAAACCCACAUGCUAAAAAUUUGACACUACUUCACAAAAAAUAUGUUCUAAUGAUGUACGACGUUUGCAUUUAUGAUGUAUUGGUGGAUUUCCAAGCAGCUAAAGAUUUUUGGUUCAUAAAAGACCACAGCUGCACAAAAUACCGUCAGGAAAUCACUUGCAAAGACUUGAGCUGGUUGUAACACUACAGAGUUAAAGCUGACAAUUGAUUACUCAUGGAAAUUGUGCAGCAAUUAUAGAAUUUUAGGAGUGUAACUGCCCUUAAUUCAUACAUUUAGUAUAAUUUUAAUAAGCCAUUGGAGGCUUGUGGGAACUGCAGAGCUCAGUAUUUGGGACGCAGACUGCAUCUCAUACAGAGUACUUUACCCUUCAAUGCAGGGAAAAUUCACGGGUCAGCAUAUGAAUCUAUGCACAGAUUAAACGAUAUGACUGUUUAAUGACAUUUUUCAGUUUAAACAAAUUUAAAAAUAUAAAGAGAAGCAGCCUCUCAGUUAUAACAAACAAAAUGGAGCAUACAGUGAAUCCAAUGCAGAUGCUAAACACAGUGUAAUAUCUUCAUUCGUAAGAACCAAUGAAAAUGUUUACCUUCACCUCAUUUACAAAACUACAUAAUCAUCUUUGAAACUACUAAUAACUUUGUUUUAAUACAUUUAUACAUGCUCCAGUUGAUAUUGACGAAACAAUGUCAACAGUAGUAAGAGGGUCUUAAGUUGGGUUUGUUUAGUCAAAUAACUGUUUUCAUAUUUAAGAACUGACUCAUUGAGUAAUCAAGAAUCAGAUCGGGACUUUAACUAAAACAAACUUUAUUUGGUCUUGUGAAAGUAAAUAUACUGUGCGAAAAGUUUGUACAUUUUCGGCCUUUUUCUGUUUCUGCAUGAGACUGUCUUCAAGACUAUGUCCAUCAGACACUUUAUGGCAAUGUUUUGUUUUAUGCAUCUACUGCAUUAAGAAUAGAUUCCUUCUGAUGUGGCCAUCAGCACCAUGGAUAGCUCUGAUGGAGAUGGAAAUGUUAGGGGAGCAGGUGAUUUAACCUCCAUAGGUGAGGCAGUUAAGUCUUCACUUAUGGCUAACUUAAUCUGUUAGGAUCAUGUUAUAACCUAAAUUUCACCACAGUGUGAUUGUCUUUUCAUUCUGCUGCAUAUAGUGUAUAUCCAAGACAUUUUGGUCAGGCAAGUGAAGCUUGCAUUAUAGUGCUCAAUUCAGCUACAGAACGUUUUAAGGACAGGUGCAUUGACAGGUAACAUCAAUAAACAUCAUAGUCAUAGUAAGUAAAUUCAGUAAACUGACACUGACUUUUUUUUUUUUAAAACCCUGCUCAAAUGGAAUCAACUUUUGAAACUGUUUUUGCCCUGCUGUUAUUUCACCAUAAGAGGAGGAGAGGAGUCUCUGUUUAAAAAUACCACCUUGUAAACGAGCUCUCUGGACUUGGAGCCCCUUCUGAAGUGGGCCAAUAGGUAGCUGAGUUUUCUGCAUUUCCACUGACGGUUCAAUUGUAUAUCUCUUUCAGACGUUUAGAUGUCGAGUCAAUGAAAGCAUUUUCUCUUCAUAGAAAUACGUUUUUAAAAAAACUGUUACAACAGAGACACAAGACAAGAGUCUUGUCAGUUAUUUUGCCUUCUAAAAAUAGCCCUUUCCCCUUCUAAAGGCCUACUCCCCGCACAGCUCUCCUUUCCGUUUGCCCUAAGAAAGUUAAAGAUGUUCCAGCAUGUCAUCUGAUCCGCCCUAUUAGCAUACGUGACAUCACAUGCCCGGGAUAAAUAAGAGGGGGGCUUUGACCAUGGCUCAGGACCACUCUGUCUUGGGACUUCAGCUUCUCUUCUCCUUUCUUUCCUGCAGCUCCAGGUCUCCAAAAUGACUGAGUUCACACCAGACCAGAUUGAGGACUUCAAGGAGGCUUUUGGUCUCUUUGACAGAGUUGGUGACAGCCAGGUGGCCUACAACCAGGUGGCUGACAUUAUGCGCGCUCUGGGCCAGAACCCCACCAACAAGGACGUUACAAAGAUUCUGGGCAACCCAACUGCUGACGACAUGGCCAACAAGAGGCUCAACUUCGACGCUUUCCUGCCCAUGCUGAAGGAGGUCGACGCCCUCCCGAAGGGAACCUAUGAUGACUACGUUGAGGGUCUGCGCGUCUUCGACAAGGAGGGCAACGGCACAGUCAUGGGCGCUGAGCUGCGUAUCGUGCUGUCCACCCUGGGAGAGAAGAUGACUGAGCCUGAGAUUGAUGCCCUCAUGGCCGGCCAGGAGGAUGAGAACGGCAGUGUGCACUAUGAGGCUUUCGUCAAGCACAUCAUGUCUGUGUAAGAGGCCAGCAGUGGGAGUGCUGAAGAAACUGUAGCUCACCUACAGACAGCCCAACAGUGUCCAGGACAUCUACACUGUGUCAAAGACCAACCAAGGAAAGACAAGGACUAUGUACAAGGGAUGUUGAAGCAAACCCAUCUUGUUGUUUAUUUUGUUUUCCUUUCGUCUCAAACCCUCUUAUCUCGGGACAUCACCAUCGCCUCUCUAUUGUAGACCCCCUCAUCACUUGGCCUCUACUCCCCCCCCCCCGGGGCGCGUCUCCACUCACCACAUGGGGUGAGGAACGGGGGAGAAGGGGUGACCGCUCAUCAAGUGAGGGUAGACCCCUCCCUUCCCACCGCCACCUCAUUCAGUCAAGCCAUCGCUGGCCCAGCAAAGCCAAAGGUGCUGGUCGUGGAUAGACCGCCAAAUGUCUCCCGCUUCCCUGAAAAGUUGUAUUUAUUGUCACUCUGUUCAUUUCAGAAUAAACUUUUCCAACGUACAUCCCA